UGUGUAUCUGUGGCCUUCUGAAGUCUUUGUGUAUUAGCAGAUAAUGCUGUCAAGAGAAGUGAAGAAGUGAAGAGUGAGAGUGAAGACACACUUUUUCUACGGGCAUGUAAAGCAAAAAAAAAAAAAAGUGCCUCUAAGCUUUGAAUACUUGUAGCAUUUGCACACAGGCAGUGUGAAUACACCAAUGGACAACAUAUCCUGAGGAGUUCUACCUAGUGGCUCCCAGCAUAGUGAAAAUUCUAAGUCAUGGCCUGAAGCAGUGAUUGAGCAGGGCCAACCCAGGGGAGCUCAGAUAUAUGCAAUGCACCUAAGUGAGCAGAGGGGUGGAACCAGCAUCCAGACCUCAUUUAAGGGCUGGCAGUGGAGGCAAGGGAAUCUCGCUGGAGAUCACUGUGUACCCGAGGCCUUCCAAGGAGAUAAGGCCUUCUGGUGAACCUCUUUAGAGUGUCUGUGGCAGAAUUGCACCGUAGAGGAAUUCCAUACCCAGACUGGAUCAAUUGCAAGGCAUUGAUCUGGCAUUGGAAUUUGUGAGGUCUUUUAGCCAACACCCACUCCUCUCAUGCAGAGCUCAUCUGAAGCAUGUGACUUUUGACAACACGUACUUGUGGUGACAGGUCUUCUCAUGAUGGAGCAGGACACCUGCCCCGACUGCACCCUGCAUCUUUCAGGAUGCCAGAGCCCUGCCGUGAUGACACCUGCACCUCCACGAACUGCUCGAGUUCCCGGUUUGCCAGCUCCCUCGCAGUAUCCUGAUGUGGACUGGGUGAACAAUUUCAACAAGGGGCUAAAAGAUCGCUCUGAAAGAAACAAACCAGACUGCCGCUCUUCAGGCCAAGGACCCUUGUCAUCCAUAAGAGCAGCAAUCAAGAGAUCUUCUCGAACUUCUAGCCACAGUGAACAGCAGAGGGAUAGAAGGCGUCCUGAAAUUACAAUAGUUGCUGCUGAACCCCUGCGGCCAUCCUCCUGGUUUCCAGGUGCAAGUCCUGUUGCUCCUCAAGGAUUAGGAUUCUCUUCUGCUUCACCUCAUGCUCAGUGGAGGACAAAUGAGCUUAUUCCAGCUGAGCUUCCUCCAUCUUAUGAGCAGGUGAUAAAGGAAAUAAAUCAAGUGCAAGUGAAUACAACAAAUAACAAUAAUGCUGCUGCUCCUAGGCAUACCACUUCUUCUGCAACACAAACUGACUUUCCACAGGAAUUAAUCAGCUGUUUGCCAGGAAGUAAUGAAAAGAGCAGUGUGCCUACACACGGGGAAUCUACCAACUAUCCAGUAGGGCCAGGUCUCCUGAAACCUCCUAGGCCUUCUGCACCUCUCUUGAACAGAUCUUCAGAAAAUGAGACUUCCUUAUUAGUUAAUGAAAAUUCUGAAGAUCAGAGGCACCAAGAAAAUCCCAAUGCUGUGAUAUGUCCUGUGCCAAAGCCAAGAUCAAGAAGCAAUCUCAGACCUGUAGUCAAAAAUACUCAAAGUCAGAUAGGAGACAAUGGAGAAGAAGUGAACCAGUCUGACACGAAGAGGCUGCAACUUUCAGUUCAGCAGUCGUCUGUCUUAGAUGAUAGCUUACUAGACAAUCACUUGACAGUGGACAGCAUGAGUACAGGCAAGAGCCAAAGUAGUAUUGUUUCAAGGAUCAAAGUUUUUGAAACCCAAGGAGCUAAUGAUACCUCAGGAUUAUUAAAGAAACCAGAAAUUGCCCCUCGUACAUUCACCACAAGACCUGUACCUGCAAAGAAGCCAGUAGUUGCUCCAAAGCCAGGGGUAGACAGAGUUUCGGGAGAGUGGGAUGCAUGGACAGAAAGCAAACCAAUACCUUCUUCCAGAGAAUUGCAGCUUCAACCUGAAGCAGUUGGGAGUAGUGUUGUAACCAAACCUGAACUGCCAAAGAAACCAAAACCUGGCCUUGAAAAAAGUAGCAGUAGCGAUUUUCUUGAUGCAAAGAGUGGCUCAGUUGCAGAGAACAGCCAUGAACAAAGAAAGUUUCCUGUUCCCGCUCCAAGGCCUCUUAUUCCUAAGAAGUCACAUUCUGCAGAAAAUCCUGCCCUUUCUUUGGUCCCUCUAAAACCUAUCUCUGCUCCACCACGGACUUCUGUAUCUGCCCAGGAGAAGGUUUUCAAGUCUGUGGGGGAAUUGUCACCCACAGAGAACUCCUCAGCACCUGCUUCGCAAAGUAAGCUAGAUCUGGGAGGAGAUCUGAUCAGUUUUGAUGAUGAUGUUUUGCCUCUAAGUCCAUCUUGUGCAGUUAAAGACAGCAUCAGUUGUGAAGCAGCAGCAGAUCCAUUCCAGUUCCUUCCCAAAAUUGAACCGGCAAAGGAGCAGGCGGCUCAACCAGCUGUAGCACGGAAACCCACUGUUAUCCGAAUCCCAGCUAAACCUGGAAAAUCUUUAGAUGAAAUCCCACAUAGCCCUCCUCCACUUCCUGCUGAAAAGCCUAUUGGCAACACCGCUGACAUCGCAGUGGGCAAACCCAACAGUGGUGACCUAGUAAAAAACAUGGAUCUGAGUAAUUCGGAACAGGCUGGAGCAUCUCAACUAGAACCUGCAUUACCCCCAAGGCCUGUGGAUGGAAAAAUUAUACCAGCUCGACCUCCCCCACCUAAAGGUGUUCCCGGAAGGCCACCUCCACCAAAACUCUCUGCAACCAAGACCUCCUCCCAGAAGGAUGCUCUUUCCCGAUCCACUUCUUACGUUGCUUAUGAUAAAAAGCCAAGCAAGCUCAGAUUGGGACCCAAGAGAACAAAAAGCCAAGUCAUAAAAAAACAAGAUCCUGCUUUACCUCCUAGACCUAGGCCAGGUCAUCCCCUCUACAAUAAAUACGUGCUGUCUGUGCCUCGUGGAGUUGCCAAGGAAAAUUGCCUUCCCAGAAACCGUGGAGAACUGUCUCGUAAGGAUUCAAACAGCUCUCCGAAAGUUUCUGACACAAGUGCUCCCCAUGCUGUAGCACUGCAUGAUUUUUCUGCAGAGCACGCUGAUGACUUGGACCUUCGUUCCGGAGAUACUGUUUAUCUUUUGGAGAGAGUUGAUGCCAAGUGGUACAGAGGAAAAUGUGGGAAUCGCACAGGGAUAUUUCCUGCCAGCUUUGUUCAAGUGAUUGUUGAUAUUCCAGAAGAUGGCAAAAGGAAAAAAAUACCCUGCUCUUCACAAUCCAUUAAAGGCCCAAGGUGUGUAGCACGAUUUGAAUACAUUGGAGAUGAGCGAGACGAACUCAGUUUUUCAGAAGGUGAAACAAUUAUCCUUAAAGAAUAUAUAAAUGAAGAGUGGGCCAAAGGAGAGCUCAGAGGCGCGUCUGGAAUUUUUCCCUUGAACUUUGUGGAAGUAAUUGAAGAUCUGCCUGAAAAAGGUACAGGAGGAGCACUAAAGAAAAAGGCGGAGGUUUCUUCUCCCCUUCUUCAGAACAACCGAUGCUCAGUAGAGUGGUGUGAAGCACUUCAUGAUUUUACAGCAGAAACCAAAGAUGACUUAUCCUUUAGAAAGGGAGACUACAUCCAAAUACUGGAACAAGUAGAUUCUGAGUGGUAUAGAGGAAGACUGAAUGACAAGGAAGGGAUUUUCCCAGCAGUUUUUGUUCAGACCUGCUCAGCCAGGGUAGAGACAUCACAGUCUCUAGGAGGGAAGAAAAAAAAAGCCCAAGCUCUCUACGACUUUCAUGGUGAAAAUGAAGAUGAGCUUUCCUUUAAAGAGCUUCACUUUCUUCUAGAAGUGCUAUACGCUUAUGUGUCUCCAUCACGCGCCUCAAGGAUGAAGAUCACACAAAGCUUUAAUGAGCUACAAACUGGAUUUUUAAUUGCACUAGAGGGAUUAACAUGAUAAAAACCAUUACAGCAUGUGUGCUAUCCUAGAAAGAUAGAAACAUCAUAUUCUGUACAGCUGUUAUUGAGUUUUAACAUCCCAACAAGCCUGUCCUGAACUCCUGUGGAAUUCAACUUAAAUUGAAGUCCACCUCUGAGGCAACUCUCUCCAACCUCUGCUACCUGGAGCUGCCCAUGGCUCUUUAUACAGAUAAGCCAGCCCUUGCUUUCUGUAGGACUUAGGCAAAACAAAUGAGAGAUUCCUCCAAUGCAAUGAACACCUAAGAGAGAUUUCUUACUUUUUGACUUAAACUGUGGGCCACCCUCUUGAAACUCGCUUCUUCCAUUAUGAUCUCUACCAAGACAAAUUCUCAAUUUCUUAUAAGCAGAACAUGAGAAGAACAAAAAAAACCACUCCACCAAACACAGUACCAGGUCUUCAAAAAAUAUACAAUCACUGUGGUGGGAGGAGGAGGCUUAAGUGUAUAAUUUUUACUUAUUGUUUGCCUGGCAGUUUUUUAAGAUUUUGAUACAAGUCUCCAAGUAGAACUGAAUUUUUAAAUUUUUUUUUUUCAGUUUCCUCUCCCACAUUUUUAUAGCUGUAAUAUUGACCAGUUGCUUUUCUAUCUUCCACUGAAUGUUUUAAGUCAGUGCCUGUCAGUAGGUAAGUUCACUCUUCUUACAUUAUUCAUUUCCUCCCAAUCUUGCUGGGAAGGAAAAGCAGCAGAGCCUUAAAAGUCUGGGCAAGGAGUGCCACCUACAUGCUGUUUACAUUACUGCAGACAGCUAACCUAUUAAAAGUUGUAGUUAGUGGCUUGCCUUACACAGAAGUGACUGUUAAAGACUUCAUGCCUACUAUCACCAUGAAACUGCAUACAGAUGAUAGAAUUAAGGUGUACAGUACGCUGCAGAAAAGGAAGAAUGAAACUGAACACCCUUCCUAACUGCAAUAUAGUAGCAAGUUUCAGCUGUAACCCCAAACUUCAGCCAGAGCCCCAAACAAAAAACAAACAAAAUACACAAAAGUGUAAUAAUAAAAGCUUUGAUAAGCAAAGCUUCUAUUGUUUGUCCCACCUCUGGAACUAUCUUGAGGAAGAGGACUUCGUUCUAUGUGCAGAUAACAGUGUCAUAAAUAAAUCUUUGUUAAGUCUAGUACAUUUGUUAUGGUACCUCUGUAAAUUAAAAAUGUAUUUAACCAAUAAAUUUUUAUAAUUACAUUA